UCUGUGCGGAUGUCCGUUAUGUUACUGUAGUCGGACGGUGUUACGGAGUCAGACUGGUAUCCAAGCUGCCUCCAAAUAAGUUUUAAAAACACAUAUCAACUGACCGAAGUGAUUCACAGCGAGGCUCUGACCCGGGCCACAGCCCCCGUGACUCUCCAUUACAUCGAUACAGACACCAACAACAUCACUGAAACGGUAGUCCCAACCCAGCACAGCUCCGCGGGGCCCCGGAGAGGCGCGGCGGGAGCAGAUGGAGCCUGCACCGGCAAAGGCGAAGCCACAGGGCCGGCUCCUGGUGUCCACCCAGCUGGAUGCUAAAGACGAGUUAGAGGAGAGAUUGGAACGAUGUGUUGUGAUCGUCCAAGCAUUGACCAAUGGGCUGUCAGAACGGGAAGCCAACGAUGCACUCACUGCCAACGUGUGUAAAGGCCAGCAGCAGCAUGAGGAGGUCUGUCUGGGUCUGUUCACCCUGGUCCUCACAGAGCCGAGCCAGGCCCAGAGGUGCUACAGAGAUCUGACGCUGGUCAACAGAGACGGGAUGAACAUAGUGCUGGUAAAAAUCAACCAGAUCCUGAUGGAGAAGUUCCUCAAACUGCAGGACAAUCCCAGAACGCAGCUGGUGUGGCUGGUCAGGGAACUGGUGAAGAGUGGAGUAAUUGGAGCCGACGGCGUCAUCAUGACGCUUCUGAAGCAGAUUGCAGGUGGAGACAUUUCCGCUAAGAACCUCUGGUUGGCGGAGAGCGUCCUGGACAUCCUGCUCGAUCAAAAGGAGUGGGUGUUGAAGAGCGGGAUGUUAAUAGCGAUGUCGGUGUACACCUACCUCCGUCUGAUUGUGGAUCACGGCACUCCAAACCUGCUGCCUCUGCGCCAGAAAGAAGUGGAUUUCUGCAUCAGCAUGCUGCGGGAAAAGUUCAUGGAGUGCCUCAUCAUCGGCAGAGAUCUGGUUCGUCUGCUGCAGAAUGUUGCUCGGAUCCCGGAAAUGGAGCUGCUGUGGCGGGACUUGUUGCACAACCCUCAGGUUCUCAGUCCUCAGUUUACAGGGAUCCUCCAGCUCCUGACGGCUCGAACGUCUCGGAAAUUCCUCGCCUGUCGACUGACUCCAGACAUGGAGACCAAGCUGCUGUUCAUGACCUCCAGGGUGCGUUUCGGGCAGCAGAAGCGGUACCAGGACUGGUUCCAGAGGCAGUAUCUGUCCACAGCAGAGAGCCAGUCGCUGCGCUGCGACCUGAUCCGCUACAUCUGCGGCGUCGUCCAUCCCUCCAACGAGGUGCUGAGCUCUGACAUCCUGCCGCGCUGGGCCAUCAUUGGCUGGCUGCUCACCACCUGCACGUCGAACGUGGCGGCCUCCAACGCCAAGCUGGCCUUGUUUUACGAUUGGCUGUUCUUCAACCCAGAGAAAGACAGCAUCAUGAAUAUCGAACCAGCCAUCCUGGUGAUGCAUCACUCCAUGAAGCCUCAUCCUGCCAUCACAGCCACGCUGCUGGACUUCAUGUGCCGGAUCAUCCCUCACUUCUUCCCUCCGUUGGAGUCUCAGGUCCGGCAGGGCGUCUUCAAUUCACUCAACUUCAUCAUGGAGAAGAGGGUGCUGGCUCACCUUGCUCCUCUGUUCGACAACCCAAAACUGGACCGAGAGCUUCGCUCGAUGCUCAGGGAGCGGUUCCCCGAGUUCUGCAGCCCGCCGUCUCCUCCCACCGAAGUGAAGAUGGAGGAGGCGGUUUCCAUGGAGAUGGACAACCACGUCCUGGACAAGGAGGAGGGCUGCUACGACCACACGGAGGCAGCUUUCAGCGAUGACGAGGAGGAAGUCAACAACAAAGGAAAGAAGAGGGAGUUCCGGUUCCAUCCAAUCAAAGAAGCUGUGGUAGAGGAGCCAGCUGACAUCACGCCCUGGCUCGACCAAUUAGACGACACCAUGAAGGAGAAGGUGCAGCAGAUUCAGAAGACCAGUGACACGGAGACUCAGUGCGAGGUCAUGCAGGAGGUCGUGGAUCUAAUCAUGGAGGAUGACUUUGACACGGAGCAGAUGUCGGCUCUGGCUUCCUGUCUGGCUGAGCUCUUUAAAGAUCACUUCAGAGGGGAGGUUCUCCCCGAGGAGAUCACAGAAGAGUCUCUGGAGGAGUCCGUGUCCAAACCCGUGUGCCUGAUCUUCAGGAACCUGGUCACCAUGCAGGAAGACAACAGCGGCUUCUCGGUGCUGCUGGACAUGUUGGCCGAGCUUUACCAGAAGCAGCCGAAGAUCGGAUACCACCUGCUGUACUACCUGAAGGCCAGCAAAGCGGCGAACGGGAAGAUGAUGCUGUACGAGUCGUUUGCCCAGGCGACGGCGCUCGGCGACCUGCACACGUGUCUCAUGAUGGACAUGAAGGCGUGUCAGGAGGACGACGUCCGGCUGCUCUGCUACCUCACGCCGUCCAUCUACUCCGAGUUUCCAGAUGAGACGCUGCGGAGCGGUGAGCUGCUCAACAUGAUCGUAGCCGUCAUCGACUCCAUGCAGCUACAGGAGCUGAUGUGUCACGUGAUGAUGGGGAACCUGGUCAUGUUCCGGAAAGACUCGGUUCUGAACAUCCUCAUUCAGUCUCUGGAGUGGGAAACGUUUGAACAGUACAGCACCUGGCAGCUCUUCCUGGCCCACAGCAUCCCACUGGAAACCAUCAUCCCCAUCCUGCAGCACCUCAAAUACAAAGAGCAUCCGGAGGCCUUGUCCUGUCUGCUGUUGCAGCUCCGCAGAGAAAAGCCGAGUGAGGAAAUGGUGAAGAUGGUUCUGAGUCGGCCCUGCCACCCGGAGGACCAGUUCACCACCAGCAUCCUGCGCCACUGGGCGUCCAAAUACGACGACACGCUGGGGGAACACAUCAAGGCUCAGCUGAUCAAGAACAACAACCAGCCGCGCAAGAGGCAGAGUCUUCGUAGUUCAAGCAGCAAACUGGCUCAGCUGACCCUGGAACAGAUUCUGGAGCAUCUGGACAAUCUGAGGCUGAGUCUAAGCAACAUGAAGAACAACUGUGAGCACGCACACACACACACACACACACACACACACACACACACGCUCAGAGAGCAGCUGAUCCUCCUCAGGUCAAUGAUGCCUCUCCUCUUUCUUUCAGUCUUCAGUCAGACUCCCAUCCUUCAGGCUCUGCAGCACGUUCAGGCCAGCUGCGACGAAGCUCACAAGAUGAGGUUCAGCGACUUGUUCGCCCUCGCGGAGGAAUACGAGGAUUCUCAGGCGAAGCCUCUGAAGUCCAGGAGGAAAGCGCCGGCCUCGUCGCCUCGCUCCAGGAAGGGCGUAGCUCCGCCCACCAACAACGAGGAGGAGAGCGCCUCCAGCAGCGCUUCAGAGGAGGAAGACUCAAAGCCCAAAGCGCCAAAGAGGAAACGGAGAGGCUCGUCAGCGGUUGGCUCCGACAGCGACUGAUGAACCCUCUGACCAAUCAGACGCCAACAAACACCGCCAUCCGACCAGUCGCUCAGCGCUACCCAUUCCCCACGGAGGAUGAAGGAGGCCCCAGGUUUGGGACUUCAAAUCCGGGUCGGGGGUCGACUUCCUCCUGAUGUGAUUGAUGCCGUUGCCAGGGAGACGAGGAGCGGGCUGCUGGGUUUUGAUCGCGCUGGGAGUAGAAACCACAAACUCUUGAUCCAAACGGACCGAUUUUUAAACAUGAUGAGAGGGGCCCCUGUAGUUUUUCCCUGGAGGGGCGUGGACUCGUAAUUUCCUGCUGUUUUUUAGCAGCUACUUCUUGUUUGUCUUGCUGCAGUAAAAGCAUCUGUUGUUCCUUCAUGUCAGGUGAAUUCUUCAUAAACACAAAUGAUGGUUUCAGGGUCUCAUUCGUCUGUUACUUGGGAGUUUUGAUUAGAAAGCAAAGCGGGGUUUGCUCAAAAGCACAACGGCAGCAAUAGUCAUUGUCACAGCAACCUUUCGCUGUAUUUACUGUUGUGUACAAAAACAAUCUCAAAUGUGGUUUUGAUUUUUUUUUUUUCUGUCCAGAGCUUCUGAUCUUUUCUGACUUUUGGCAGAAACACGAUGAGAUGGAUGCAGAUCAGCAGAAGUAUUUUUUUAUCGACAGUGAAUCUUUUACAGAGUCGCGUUUUUAAGGAUCUUUGAAACUAAAUCUUUAAGCUUUCCAAAGCCGAGUCAGAAAAUAGCAGAAGUCCUCUGCCGCAAUUUUAUUUACAGCCAUAUGUCUUUACAAAGCCUUAACUGGUUCAGACACAGAGCUGAUUUUACAGGAUGUGAAAAAUAAUAAAUGAGCAAAUGAUGAA